GAUAUGCAUUCUUCUCUCUUACAUAACAUCUUCUAAAGCGUUGCGGAUAUGCACAUCUCUUGAUCACAGACUGCCUAAUUCGUACUUCCUGUUCAAAGUGUUCAAAGCAGAUGUCAUGGGACAUACAACCAUUAUCUUGCAAGCAAGUAGAAAAUGGUUCAGAAACGUUGCGGCUGUACUCAGGCCUAAUCACCCGCGGCAUGAUUAGCAUUUCCUACUCACAGAAGAUGUCGCCUAACGUAUGACCAAUACGCACGCGAGCAAGUAGAAAAUGACUGCACGAGAUUUAAGCUCACAGCGCGCCUACGCCAUCUAAUGAAAGCGACUAUUAUGAACUUGUUCCCGUAAUUGUCCUCGCCUGGUGCGUUGCAAGAGCAGUGGCGGCGGUCGACGUGACUGCUCCGCUCAGUGAGGAGGCAAUGGCGGCCUCAGCGGGCGGAGCUCGCAGCGCGCUCGUCGCGUCGCUGCUGCUGGCGGUGGUGCAGAGCCCCUGGCCCUCCGCACUCGCCUCCUCGCUCAGCGUCCAGCCCGACGCCCAGGCAAACACAUCCUGCCCGUGGCGAGUCAACUUCAUCGACGGUGGGGAUGCAGUUGAACGUUGCAUUGACGAGCUCUCUAUUACAUUUGCAGGAACACCUUCGACGGGUUUGGCCCCAGAAGCACCGCCGGACGGCCAGAUGGCCCCGCCGCUCCCCGGCUACAAAGCGCUGCACGGGGGCAACUGGUACAAGCUGCACUCGCGCCCGGCGAGCUGGCACGCCGCGAGGGAGCAGUGCGAGCGCGAGGGCGCGCACCUGCUGGUGGUGGACUCGGCGGAGGAGGCGCGGGUGGUGCGCGCGCUGCUCGGCCUGCGCCCCCACGACAACGCCACACUGGUGCACGCCGGCUUCUACGUGCAGCUCGUCAGCGUGCGCGGAGAGGCGCUUCAGUUUUCGUGGCACGAGCGCUGGGUGCGAGGGGACCCCAAUGCUUUGGCGUGCGGCCAAAUGGACAGCGACGGGUUCCUCUUGGUCGCCUCGUGCACAGACCAAAGGGCGUUCGUCUGCGAGAUCGAGUCAUCGCCGCCCCCGCCCACCGCCUCCACGUCUUCACCUUCGCCUGCGCCUUGGAAUCCGAAAGAAAGUGACGUACCGCGCGGGUACGAAGCGGCCCCUGGCUGGAAUUAUAGUUACUACCGAUUGGGUGCGUUUGAUUACAAUAGUUAUGGCUCCUGGAGCUCUGCAGAAGAAAUAUGUGAAACGGAAAAUGGUUACCUAGCUUCGGUCGAAUCGGAAGAGGAACUGAACGCUAUAAUCGACAUGCUGCAAAAUAAAGGAAAGAAGGACGAGAGAGUAUUUUGGAACAGAAUAUACUUUGGAGUUCGCACAGGGGAACUUGUUACAGUUUUAGGAGAUCUUGUACAAGAGAGUGGAUUCAGCCGUUGGGGAAUAUACUCACCACUCCACACCCGGGAUGAAUCAUUGUGUUUCUGGGUAGAUUAUAAAUUGUUUCUACAUUCCAUUGGCUGUUCUAAAUUUAAUUUCUCCCCAAAGGAUUACCUGUGUGAAAUUGUUUCAAGUAUUGUUUAUGAAUAGAUCUGCUGUUUUCCAACAGGAUUGUAAUAGAAAUAAAAAAAUAUUGCAAAUGUUAUGCCAAAAUACGUGUUUUGUGGACACAACAUAAAUGAAAUGUCUUUAAAAAUUAAUAUAAAAGUUGCACGUUGUCAAAAAAUGAUAAAUAUGCACGUUAUCCAACCCCGCUAGCCGCCGGUGGGUCUGCGCCUGACCUCACCAAAAAGCGGGGGAAGAUCACCGCCACCUCAGAAGGAAAACUACAUGCUCUUCACUUAAGGGACUAAAGACCCAAAUAGUUGGCGUGCCCUGAAUCACGAACAAUCAAUCAGCGCUCAACACUCUGACAGUACAUUCACCGCGUGGGGGCCUUACAGUAUUAAGCGAUCUUACAUUUAUAUAGUGAAAUUACUUUGUGCAACUCAGCAAAAAAGGAGAAGAGAUAGUCCGUAUGGUGGAAAUUAGUAUUCACAUUUGGAAGAUCCACAAGAACGACGUUUUAAAAUUUUACUCAGUAUCCAAUUUGCAGAGUUUGCAAUUUACAACUGGCCUCGGAAGAAAUACUCACAGCUCAUUUUCUUCAAUGUGAAUGACGACUGUUACAACGUUUUUAUGCGCGUUUAGAUUGCUGGACCAGAAUUCCAAUUUAAAUGAUUGCAAAAUGGGUUCUUAAUUGUAUGAUAAGCCGGUUGUAAAGAGUAAAUAUAUUGCAGUCCAGGGAUCUGGAAAAAUAAGCCACUCCUAGGAAAAUAAAUGUAGCUUUGAGUUGGACAUUCCCUCUACUCAUCAAUUAUCAUGAAAAUGUGGAAUCUGGAUGUGUGAAUAUGUUUUUCUUAAAUCUUGUACAUGAAUAUUUUCUCAAAAGAUAAUUAUUUCGAGAAUUUAUACGUAGAUAUGUGGCUCUUGGAUGGUCUGAUUUAUCUGACCCGAAAAUGCCGUCCAAUGCAACUUUAUUAUAAGAAAUUGCAUCGUGUUGAUAUUUGCCCCUGAUUGUUAGGCAACCCCUCACGCGGAGGUGUCGUGCAUGCACACGAAUUUCCUCGCGGCAGAACGUGACAUGUCCUGUCCUUGGGCUCGGGAGCCCGCUACGGUUCUUGGCUGACCCGCAUUGGCCCAGCCUCUCAACCAUGGGGCAAGGGUUGCGUGUGGUUAGCAAGAACACGUCCCUUCACUGUAUACUCUGGGUUUAUAACCAUACGGUGGGAUUUCUCAUCGUCAUACAGCAAUAGAUACUGGACAUUUGUAAGGAAGGACGCGCAGUUAUAAUUUUGUCCUAGCCGGGAAUCGAACCAGGGGUAGCACAGUGGAAAGCAUCAGCGCUAACCAACGAGCCGUCGAGGGAUUAGAACGUGGCCAUAAAGCUAAAAUCGCGUUUUCAUGUUGUUUUCAAGUGAAUGAAGCUAAGACAGAAAUAUUAUUCGCAUCCCUUUCUAUUUUUUACAUGUUUUUUUUUUCCUUUUGACAAAAGUUGGUAAAAUGAAUCACAGUG